CCCAGACUUGCUUAUGUCACUGCCGCCGGGGAGGUGGGAGCGGAGGGCAAGUCGCUCCCGCCCCUGAAGUCCCAGCCUCCCUGUGAUUGGCUACAAGGAUUCUGGCCUGGCCGCCGAUUGGGCAUGUCUGAGGGCUUGAAAGGUGUCCGGGAGCGCCGGACACCUCAGACGGACGGUGGCCCGGGCUCAGACAGCGUCUGAAGCGAGCCUGCGACACGCCCGCAGCCCGCCAUGGCCCGGCUGCUCCGGGCGUCCUGCCUGCUGUCGCUGCUCCUGGCCGGCUUCGUCCCGCCCGGCCGGGGGCAAGUGAAGUCGAAGACGGACUGCCAUGGCGGCGUGAGCGGCACCAUCUUUGAGUACGGAGCCCUCACUAUCGAUGGGGAAGAGUACAUUCCCUUCAAGCAGUACGCUGGCAAAUACGUCCUCUUUGUCAACGUGGCCAGCUUCUGAGGCCUGACGGGCCAGUAUGUUGAACUGAAUGCACUACAGGAAGAACUUGCUCCAUUUGGUCUGGUCAUUCUGGGCUUCCCCUGCAACCAAUUUGGAAAACAGGAACCAGGAGAGAACUCAGAGAUCCCUAACACCAUCAAGCAUGUCCGACCUGGAGGGGGCUUUGUCCCCAAUUUCCAGCUCUUUGAGAAAGGAGAUGUGAAUGGGGAGAAAGAGCAGAAGUUCUACACUUUCCUGAAGAACUCCUGUCCUCCCACCUCGGAGCUCCUAGGCUCACCUCGCAGCCUCUUCUGGGAACCCAUGAAAAUCCACGACAUCCGCUGGAACUUUGAGAAGUUCCUGGUGGGGCCAGAUGGCAUACCCGUCAUGCGCUGGCACCACCGGACCACAGUGAGCAACGUCAAGAUGGACAUCCUGUCCUACAUGAGGCGGCAGGCAGCCAAGGGGAAGUAACUGAUGCCCGCCCCACCCCAUGUCCACCAUGCAGGCGCUGGGGGAGGGACUCUCUUCAGGAAGGAAUCACAUCUCCAACCACACUAGCUACCUACCAUAGACCCCAUUCCCAGUACACAAGACCCAGCCUGACACAGAUGUGUGCAUACAAUUGUGUGCCCGUACUGCUGGGUAUGUGGGUGUUUGCAUGUGUGACUGUGCCCGGCUGUCCGGCCACAGGUGUCUACCGGUGUGAAUAUCCGGGAAUACGUACCAGCUGUGUGCCCACAGUUGUGUGCUGUGUAGUGCUAGACAACACUACCCUUUUCCUUCCAGUUCUCUGUUCCAGUAACAAUUCACUUAGAUCUGAGCCCAGAGGAAAUCCCGGCUCUAGGUCCAAGCGUCCUGCUCUGACCUGGACCUCGGCCUCGGGGCCAGCAUCUCCCACUGCCUCCAAAUACUACCACUGAAGUCCCUAAAAGUUUCUGGGUCUGCCACACUGCCCAACCUUUUUCGUCCUUCCUGAAGGGCCCUCCCAAAGCUCCUGCCCCACCCCCUAGUUCUCCCUGAGAUCAGCCAAGGCAGAUGUGAGAGCAAGGGCCACAUACUCGAAUCAGGGGUGGCGUCUCCAUGAGGGAGGGGCCCGAAGCCCCCGUGGGCGGACCUCCCCUGAGCCUGUCUGUGGGGCCGGCCCUUAGUGCAUUCAGGCCAAGGCCCCUGGGCAGGGAUGCCACCCCUGCUCCUUCAGAGGACGUGCCCUCUCCCCUCACCUGGUCCACUGGCAUUAGAGUAAAGGCCUUUCUGCAGCA